GGCCAGGCCAGCAUGGCUGCGGCGGGGGGCGCGGUGAGCCGCAGGGGCCCCGGGCGGCCCUGCCCCUUCUCCAUCGAGCACAUCCUUUCCAACCUGCCCGAGCGGAGCCCCCCGGCACGGGCCGCCCGCACCCCGCAGCCCGCCGGCCACCAGAGCCCCGCGGAAUCCGGAGAGCCCGGGGCGCCCGAGGCCGCGCCCUGCGCCUGCUGCUGCUGCUGCGGACCCCGCGCCGCGCCCCGCGGGCCCCCGGAGCCGGCCUCCGGGCUGGGUGAGUGGGAGCAGGGCGCGGGCGCGGGGGUCCUCCGGGCGCGGGGCGGUCUAGGCGGAGCUCGGCCCCCGCUCCGCGCCUCACCGCGCCCUCGCCCCGCAGGCGCGCGGCUGCCGUGGCCGCUGAGGCUGGGCCCCGCGGCGCCCUUGCCCUUGGCCGCGCCCACGGGAGGCCCGGGGGCGCUGCCCGGCACCGGCGGUCCCGGCCCGCAGCGGCGCACGCGGCGCCACCGCACCAUUUUCAGCGAGGAGCAGCUGCAGGCGCUGGAGGCGCUCUUCAUGCAGAACCAGUACCCCGACGUGGGCACGCGCGAGCGCCUGGCCGGCCGCAUCCGCCUGCGCGAGGAACGCGUGGAGGUCUGGUUCAAGAACCGCCGGGCCAAGUGGCGACAUCAGAAGCGCGCGUCAGCGACCUCGAGGCUCCUCCCCGGAACCAAGAAGCCCGCAAAGGAGAGCUGCUGAUGGCUCUGGGAGCUACUCCCGUGCUUGGCCGGGUCCUUUGGGGCCGGCUCAGGGAGGGGACAGAUCGACCCGAAAUGGUGCUGACAGAGGACACCUCUUCCCGCCUGCAGGCUUCCUGCAUCCUGCAGCUAGUGCUCAAGGCAGGAGCUUCUCUGCCAGACAGCAGAGAAGCUCCCGUGCCCACCCCCUGUGUCACCUGCCCCAGGAAAGGAGGGAACGCUGAGCAUCUCCAGGUGCUCUCCUUUCCAGCGACUGGGGUCGGGGAGAUUCCCCCGGAGCUGCAGCGGGGUGGGGGUGGGGGGUUGUUGGUUGCUGGGAGCAGGGCACAGAGCAGAUAAGCUUCCUCAACUCCCCAUCAACUCCAGGACAGGAACCAUCCCCUUGUCAGGAGGGCCCAGAAUCCUCCUCUCCCUCCUGGGGUAUGCUGAUGUCCCGCCUCUUCUCAGCAUGGACAUAGGUCUCUUGACAUGGCCAAGGGGGUGAGGGGGGUGUUCUGUGCAUUCUGGGGUUGUCAGCUCGCAUGUCCUGCACUGGGCCUUCCUGUCCAGAGCUAUAGGAUGAGGACAUUGGAUGAGGUCAUCUCCAGAAGCCCCCUACCCUGCCCCUUAAUUCUGUGAGCCUUGCCUGGAUACUGGGAAAUAAACAAGCAACUACAAACGGCACAAAAGCAGUCCAAAGUUCGAAGUCCACCAUGACUUCACUCCCACAUCCAGGGGGUGGGGGCCAGCUGGUCUUGGGGAGCACAGCCCAGUGAGUCCUCAGUUUCUGUGCUCCCCAGCACAGCAGACUACCCCACAGAUCAUGACCUAGCACCCUGGGGGUCUGCACUGGCCUUUAGGUACUGAACGGGUAGAGAUCCUUGGCCUCCUCCUUCUGGGGGAUUUACACGCUAUGUGUCUGCCAUCCUGUUGGGGCAAGAGGAGGUUUGACUGGGGAGGAUGCACCACACCCCCUGCCACUGCCUUGGAAAAUCUGUUUUCCUCUCCAACAUCCCAGCCCUAGGGUGAAGGACAGUGUGAAAAUGAGGCUUUCACUCUCCCCAGUAGGCCUGUACGGUGGGUUCAAGGCACCUAACACCAUCAUCUGGCUUGGGGACCAUGUUCUGCCUCCACACAGGUCCUGGAAGAAAUUGGGGGAUGGGGUAUCUGAAAGGAGACACAAUCCAUUCAUUAAAGGUGCAGAAGCUGAGCAGGCAUGAUGUCCCCAGCCAGUGCUGCUCUAACACUGCCGGAUGCCUCCAGGACAGCAGCACUCACCUUCACCUCUCAGGAUGCACACUUCUGGCUGUCACAAAGCUCUUUUCUCCCGAACCCUGGCCUUAUCCUUGGAUACUGCCCAGCCCUCCUGCAGAGCUUCCCUGCAGUCUGGAACACCCUCAUCUCUGGGACCCCAGCCCCCCAUUGGCUCUUUGUCAUUGUAGAGGGCAGCCAUGAUCAGAGCUCCAUUUCAAGGGGCCAGUGGCUACACUGUCCUUCUGAUUUCUCUCCUUUCUCUCUAGCUGAACCUCUUGGCAGGUUCACCCCUACAGGCUGCCCGUUAACAUAGGUGUCCUGCAGGCUGGACCCCAGGCAUGGCCCUCUCCUCUCCAUUCUCUCCUUGCUUUAUCACUGCCUCUUGUAGACUCCAAUUCCCUUCUCUCUUCCACAUGUACAUCUCCAGCCCAGGCCUCUUCCCUUAACUAGAUACUUCUGUCCAUGUAUCCCCUUGACCUCUCCAUGUGGAAGCCCACUGUGACUCAAAAUCACCUUGUCCAUGGCAAAUUCUUCCCCUGUGCAAACCAGGUGCAUGAACCAGAGGACUCGCAAUUACCCACACCCCUCUUCUCCCUCACCCACCAUCCCAGGCCAGCAGCAAAUCCAUUUUUCUUCCAAAAACAAUCCCAGAAGCUAUUUUUUUCCCCAGCUUCAACAGUACCAACCUGAUGAAAGUGCUGUCAUCCCUUACCAUGACCAUUGUAGGUGCCUCCAGUCUUGUCCACCUGCAGCCACUCUGUUUCCUCUGUAAUUCAUUCUCCAUAAAAGCCAGGGUGCAAGUUUGAACCUGCCUCUCCCCUGCCUACAGCACUCCAAGGGCUUUCCGUUGUUCUUAAAGAUACAACUCACUGUGACCCAUGAAGCCCCAUGCAGCCGGCCCCUGCCCAUCUGGCAUCAUUUCAUACCUCACUGCUCCUUGCAGUCCGUGUGUAUCAAAAGCUCUCUUUUGCUGCAAGACCUUUGCACCCGCUUUUUCCCUCUUCCUGGUCAGUGUCUGUUCAUCCUUUGGAUCUGCAACCAUUUCUGGCCCUGGGGAGACUUCCCCUCACUGCCCCCUAGGUAAGAUUCCCCAACAACAAACUUUCUUUCUUUUUUUUUUUUUUUACACCUGUCUGCUGCAGUGUUUUAAAGAUUUUUAAGUUUAUUUAUUUUGAGAAAGAGAGAGAUUGAGGAAGGGGCAGAGAGAGGGAGAGAGAGAAUCCCAAGCAGGGAUUGUGCUGUCAGCACAGAGCCCGACCUGGGGCUAGAACUCACAAACUAUGAGAUACUGACCUGAGCCAAGAUCAAGAGUCAGACGCUAAACCAACUGAGCCAUCUGGGCCACACACUCCCGCCCUGCCCCGUUGCAAUUUUAUGCUUGUUUGUGGGGUGAUGCAACUAGUGUCUGUCUUCCCCAUUUGACUGUCAGUUCCACAGGGCAGGAAUCAUCACCAUGGGGUUUCCCAGUGGGUGAAGGAAUGGCUGCCUAUUAUACUAAAUCAUUCCGGGGAAGAACUUACUUGUUUGAUAUAAUUCACAACCUCUUUUGGAGAAGAAAUGAUCAUUUUUGAAAAAAGCGGGCAAUUUUCUGGUCCAUUUCAAUGAAAGUUAGCCCUCUUCUGGGAAGCCCACUCGU